AUGGAAGAAGUGAAAUUUGAAUUGAAUAGAGGACAAGACAAGUGCUACCAUCCCAACCCCGAAGACAGUGGCUUACUUGAUAUAGCGAGAACACUGAGAGAUAUCCCACCAGCUCACUAUAUAUUAAAAGUAGAUUCAUUCUCAUUCCUUGUUCAACUACUUGAGAAAGCUGGAAGAAAGAGAUACGAGUCUGAUGUUUUCGAAGCCAGUGGUCACAAAUGGAAACUGUGUCUCUAUCCAAAUGGCGAUCAAGAAAGAGGUGGAAAGGGACACAUCUCUCUCUACUUGACCAUCACAAACACGGAGGCUUUACCUCUGGGUUGGGAGGUUAAUGUGAGUUUCAAGUUCCUCGUGUUUGACCAGACUCGUGACAAAUACUUGACAAUUCGAGAUAUUAACGAGAAGCCAAGACGCUAUCAUGCAAUGAAAACUGAGUGGGGGUUUUCCAAACUACUCCCACUCCCUGGGUUCAAUGACCCUACAAACGGAUACCUUGUUGGUGACAAAUGUGUAUUUGGCGCGGAGGUGUUUGUUAUUAAAUAUAGUGGUGCAGGAGAGCUUCUACCGCAGCCCAAAUAUCUUGCUGGUCAGGUUCACACUUGGAAUAUCUCUAACUUUUCCCGUUUAACCAGCUCAGUUCCUGCAUCAAGUUUCACGCUUGGAGAUUGCAAGUGGCGGUUAGAGCUCUAUCCCAAAGGAUACCCCGUAGACGAACACAAUGACCUUGCAAUCGGAAUCCGCUUAGCUGACACUACAUCGACAGUGCGUGCAACUUAUAAGCUGACGAUAAAGAAUCAAGCGCAUGGAGAGGAUGCCACGGUUACAGCACUUGUUUCAUGUUUCUCUGGUACAAGUAGUUUCUGGUGGCUUUGGAGGAAUCCCCAAAAUUUAGGUCCAGCGACUGAUUUAUCUAAGGGAUUUCUUGUGCGUGAUACAUUGGUCGUUAAAUUCGAGAUUACGCAUAUUUUUGCAGUGAAAAGAUUUGCCUAG